AUGAUGAGAAAUGCUUGGAAGAUAAGAAAUCUUGGUUUAGGAAUUAUGUUGGGGCUCUUGGUAACGAUAUGUGGGUGCUUGAUAUGUAUUCUGUUUGGUCGGGCAAGUUGGAGUAAGAAAGGACCGCAGGUGGCCGUAGAAAAGGAGUUGAAUCGGGCAGGUUUAUGUUGUAAUGGUGAGAUCAAUACGAGGGAGUGUAAUGCUCAGGAAACUGAGGUAAUGAAGGGGGAUGAGGAUGAGGGGAUGAAGAGAGAUAAGGACGAGAAUGGGGUAAUGAAGAGGGAUAAGGAUAAGGAUGGGGUAAUGAAGGGAGAUAAGGAGAAGCGCGAGGUAAUGAAGAUGUAUGAGAGUAUGGUUGGAGUAAGAUUAAGAACAGUGUUUGCGGCGGCCAGUAUAGCUAAACAUAUUGAGAACGCGGAGUUUAUUGUACAAGUGUAUUGGCCGCUUAUUAUUCAAGGGCCUGGAUGCAAGGCAUCGGUGGCAAAGUCUGGUUUGAUUGAUCAAAUUGUUUGUUGCUUGCUGGACUUGUUGGCAUGCUUUUAUGAGUCUAAGAUGAAUAGUUCGGACCAUGACUAUGACUGGUUUUGGUGCUUUGCAGUUGAAUCGUGCCCCAAUUUGUAUCGGAGGUUGGGACACUAUUUCUCGGAGGCGAAACUAAAGGAAAUGGUUGCGGUCAUUCAUGACUAUGACAAUAAGAUGUCACCUAACUCGGGAGAGGCGGACCUGCGUCCUUUAUUGGAGAUAUCAAAACGAUUUGUUUUGGGUAUUGCCAAGUAUUCUAAGGUUGGUGGGUUUAGUAGUAAGUGCCAGGCUAUUUAUGGACGAGUUUGUGCGUAUAAUAACUCGUCCUUGCGUGGUUUUGGGGCGAAUGAGUUGAAGCAGAUUCGGGCAUAUAUCUGCUUUUUGGACAUGCUGUGUUAUAUGAGUCCUACUGAUGCAACAAGAGCCAAGACCAUUUCUAAGGUUUUGCAUAAUAUCGAAACUGGUAUUGAUAGUCUUUUGCCAUGUACUAGUCUUCAAACUGAAGCACAGAUUGUUGAGCGGUUUAAUGUGUAUAUUAAGAAUAUUGUUGUGCUAAUUAAUAGUCAACUAGUUCUUCUUCACGAAAUAAUUGAGUUCGCUGAUGUUGUUUAUUUCUAUGCUCGGCGAGUUGAUAUAUUAGGUGGUAAAUCGCCCUGGAAUAUACCUGCUAGCUGGAGCUCAGUGCAAUGGAAGACGACUCUUCCAUAUAAGUCUUGCAACAUUACUGGGGAGUGUCAAAGAGAGGUGGUCAAGUAUUAUGCCCAGGCUCUGGAUAAGUAUCUGAACGCCCAGACCAUCAUUGAAACGUUGCCUGGCUCUUAG